AGUAGCAAGGGCUCAAACACAUAAUAAAACAACUCUGCAAAGGAGCUAAGACCAGAUAUGUGGUGAGACUUGUUGGUAGGGGGAGAUUUCAGGGAUGUAGCAUCAAGGAAGGACAUUUAAGGCAUAUAGCUUAUCUCCAGUAUUUCUAGAAUGACACAUGCAUAUAUGUAUUUUAACCAGUGAUUUAUUUGGGUUAAGUUUCCCCUCUUAGAGCCUGAGUUAUCAGUAAUAUAGGAAGACAAAAGAGAAACCAGUAUGAAAGGUCAAGAGACAGUGAAAGUGUAAGAUUUGAAUGAGAUAUUGAAAAUGAGCCAAGAAACAAUUGACAUUGAAAGUGAGUUAUCAGAAGAAAAAGAAAGGAGAAAGCAAUUGACAUCUGAUCUUAAUACUGUACAGAAGGCUUUGAAAGUUGAAAGUGAAGAAUUGCAAAAACCAAAGUCAGAACAUACAUGCUUUUAUAAUGAAAUUCAAAGUCUUCCAGGGGCAGCAGAACACAGAGCCCAUUUUUUAAAUACGUAUGACCUGCUACAAAGAGAGAAAAGGAUAUUUGUCUUGACUUUACAGGUCUUGAAGAUUUCACAAAAAUUUGAACAAUUAAAUAAUUUUAUUGUAGGGAGAAAAGCAGCAGUUUCUAACUUAAUUACAAGUGAAAAUAUAUAUAAAAAUCUUGUGUCUGAAGUACCAAUUUUGGAAGUAGAGAUUCAAAGCCCAAAGGAAGAGAGAGAGGAACUCUGUCCUGAACUAGGAGAAAGUCAGCAGAUGGGAAUUCCAGAGGAGUCAGUAAAGGAGGGCAGUUUUCCAAGAGAGGGACAGAAGGAAGAGGACUCACAGCAGAACCAAGAUAUGAAAGGUGAAGAGCAGCAGUUGAUCUUGAAUCACGAGGAAGUUGUGAGGCUUAGAGAAGAGCUGAACUGCAUGAAUCAGAUUCUCCUUCUGUCUCAGAGCUCUGAGGAUAGUUUAGGUGACACUAGUGAAUAGUAUCCAUCAUCUGGAGAAAAACUGAAAUACCAGCAGCAAGACGAACUGCAGCAGCUUCGCCAGAAUUUGCACCGACUCCAGAUUCUAUGCAACUCAGCUGAAAAAGAGCUUCGAUAUGAGCGAGGAAGGAACUUGGACUUAAAGCAACAUAAUAGCUUCCUUCAGGAAGAAAGCAUCAAGAUCAAAAUUGAACUCAAGCAGGCCCAGCAGAAGUUAUUAGACAGUGCAAAGAUGUGCUCUUCUCUCACCGCAGAGUGGAAGCACUGUCAGCAGAAAAUCAAGGAAUUGGAGCUGGAAAUCCUUAACCAGGCUCAGAACAUUAAAUCGCAGAGCAACCUACAGGAAAAGCUGACUCAGGAGAAAUCUAAAGUUGCCGAGGCAGAGGAAAAGAUUUUGGAUCUGCAGCAGAAAUUAGAACAAGCUCAUACAGUCUGUCUCACAGACACUUGUAUUUUGGGGAAGAAGCAAUUAGAGGAAAAGAUAAAAGAAGGAAUAGAAAAUGAAGCUAAAAUAAAGCAACAAUAUCAGGAAGAACAGCAGAAGAGAUUUGCUGUCAAAGUUGAAAAACAGGCUGAUGAUCUUAAUUUUAUUAUUCUUUCUCCUGCUGUGAUAAUGCGGGGGCCUUGUUAUCGCAAGGGGAAGGCAUUCCAGGACCAGGUCACUGCCCAAAAUGAUACACUGCUCCUAGAGAAAAGGAAACUUCUGGGGCAACUCACAGAGCAAGAAGAAUUCAUCCACAGCAACAAAUGGAUAAUAUCGUCAGUCCAGAGCAGAGUAUUUUUUCUGGAUAAAGAAAACAAGCAAUUACAGGAAAAUAGUCUCCGAUUGACACAGCAGGUUGGCCUCUUAGAGCAUGUUAUAAGGAACAUCCAGAUUCGCAGAGGAGAGGAAACAAUUAUUGACAUCCCUGAAUUUGAAGUAUUGAAUAAAAUCUUGCCCAUAGCAAACUCCAGUUUUGCGGGAACAGGUUUGGUGGAGUCAGUUGGAAGUCUUCAAGAGAUGGAAGAACAUAAGUCAGAAGAAGCAACGGCAAACCCCAGGUCUUCCAAGUCUCUGUUGUGUUCACAGAAUUCCGAAGCUGGGUACAUAAACGUGGCUUCUCUGAAAGAAACAGAUCGCAUCUAAGAACAAGACCAAAAUUCAGAACUAUAAAAUCACUGGUGUCUAAAAUUAGACUCAUCAAAGCUGCCAACUUAAGGCCUGGGCAUGGAGGUGGGUCAUGACAUGGAAGAGCAUUACCACAGAUCUCCAUUGGACAUCAACCAGGAGUUUUCAAAAUUGGUGAUAAAUUCAUUAAACCAGUUCUAAAAAUGGAUUCCUCAAGUUUGUGUGAUAUCCUCAAAUGCAUUAUAUUGUUUAAUAUAGUGACUUAGUUCAGGGUUUACUUAGGCUUCUGUUCAACAGAGCAUAUAGAUUGCUAGUUCAGCAUUCAUUCUUUUCCUAUUUCCAUGGGUAUUUUCUUAUUUAUUUUUUUAAAGUAAAAACAAUGUAAUCAUGUUAUUACUUUAAAAAGAAAAAAAUUCUUAUAAUCUC